ACUUUAUGAGUCCCGUAGAUGGCCGCGGGUUACUUGUUUUUCCUGCGUCUUACUGCUCACCCAAGAGUAAACCUAUUCCCAGAUAACGCCGGUGCACAGAUGCUCGCUCCACUUUGGAAUUAGCAUGUUUGUCCGUGAGCCCUUUUGCAUAAGUGCAAACAUGAUUCGCUGUUCAACUAAAGACACCUGGUGCACCACGUCUUUAAUCACUCAGAGCUGGUUGUUGCUCAUCACCGAUGGGUCAGUGAUAGGUGUUUGCUCAACCUACAUCAAAGAAGGAAGGGUUAUUCUGAACAAGGAAGAAAGAACACAGAAACUAACAUCCUAUACACGGACAGUCUAACAGUCAGAAGAUGAAUAGUUCCCGUUCAGACGUCUGUUGUGCCUUUGAUUCUCCCAUCCUGGACCGGGUUCUGCCUCCAGUUCUGAUCCUGGAGUUCGUGUUCGGAUUAUUGGGGAAUUUCUUGGCUCUGUGGAUGUUCACCUUCUACAUGGACACGUGGAAGCCCAACUCCGUGUACCUCACCCAUCUAGCGGUUGCGGACUCCGUCGUACUGUUCUGCCUUCCCUUCAGAGCGGACUACUACCGGCGUGGGAAGGACUGGAUCUACGGUGACAUCCCGUGCCGCAUCCUGCUCUUCCUGCUGGCCGCCAACCGUGCGGCGGGGAUCUUCUUCCUCACAGCCGUGGCCGUCGACCGAUACCUCAAGAUCGUCCGCCCGCGGAACCCCAUCAACCGCCUGGGCCUGGGCUACGCUUUGUGGGUCUCAGUCGGCCUGUGGGGGUUGAUUUUUCUGGCCACCGGGUAUCUUCUCGCCAGCGAGCACUUUUUCUACAACAGCAACCGCACACAGUGCGAGAGUUUCAACAUCUGCAUGGGCUUCACGCCUCUCUCCACCUGGCACAACGCCUUCUACGUCAUCCAGUUUUUCCUGCCGACCGCCAUCGUGGCGUUCUGCACCAUCAGAAUCACCUGGCAGCUGAGAAACAGGACUUUGGACAAACGGGGGAAGAUCAAGCGCGCCGUUCAGUUCGUCGCGGCCGUGGCCCUCAUCUUCAUCACCUGCUUUUUCCCCAGCACCAUGUCUCGCAUCGCCGUGUGGAUCCUAAAGGUGUGGUAUGACGAAUGCAGACAUUUCGAAGAGGCCAACCUGGCGUUCUACACGUCCGUGUGCUUCACCUACUUCAACAGCGUCCUCAACCCCGUCGUGUACUAUUUCUCCAGUCCGUCGUUCAGCGGCUCCUUCAGAAAGGCGCUGAACAAACUGCGGGGAAGGAGCGACGACAAGGAGCCGACGCAGUCGACCGACAGCAACUUUUCCACCGUUGACGGUGACGGCAUCUGAAACCACUGGACGGGGGAAACAGCAAUGAGUGAAAACGUGUUUUACACGUUUAUAGCUGUAAUAAAAGGUAGAAAAGAUAAAAAAAAAAAAAAAAAAAAGUAGCGCACCUCAUAUGUAGCAAACUUUUGGUUAUUUUUUAUUUUCUUAGGCGGCGUUGAGCGGACCCGCGCGAGCUUUCUUGCCUAGGCGCGGUCCUGACCCCGUGUGCGUGCGUGCUUUCUUUCUUCAGCCACUGAAAACCUAAAAGUCAAAAAAUUGACUUAAUUUUCAAAAAAUGAAGUCUCUUAAUCCUAAUAGCAAAUGGAAAUAUGAAGCAAUUCAUAGAGCGUUUGACGAUAAGAUCCAAAGUGAAGAAUGUGUUGGAUGGUUCUGUUUGGUGAAAGUAAUCGACUCCAUUCAGCACGAGUGAAGCUUAAGUGGGACGUGCUCGAUAAAUGACCACAGACCUCUUUAGAAGUGUAACUUUUCUUCUUCGCGAAUCACAAGUGGAGAACUGAUCAGACGUCCUCCUGAACGUCAACAAUUUAUUCAGCUUUUGUGCUAGGCUUUUUUUUAAAAAAUUAAAUCUCUUAAUUAUAAUAACACGCCUUAGGUCUCAAAUACACAUAUUUUCUAAAUCAAGUCUUCUGAAACUGUCAUUGAUUUUUAUAUAUAUACAUAUAUAAAUGCCACUAGCUUAUAUAUAUAUAUGCGUAUAGGCUAUAUUUAUACAUUUGACUGAGGAAGCUACGUGUCAUUAUGCUGCAACAAAACUAAAAACUUAAGCGGAAUAUGUACGUAUGUUCUAAUUAUAAAAGUCUAGUUAUAAGACUUUGCUUUUCAUUAA